AUGUCUUCGCCUGAAGAUGUACUACGCUUAAAGCAGCUCAAAGAGUCUAAAGCCCUCCAAACGGCUUGGGACGAAUGGACGCAGACUAGACAGCUUCUGGAUAAUACUGCUCCCCUACUCGACGACCCAGAUCCCACCAUGCGUUCACUCGCAGUGGAUGAAUACACCUCCCUCACCUCAACUCUUACUCAAUUCCUCGAAUCUACCUUCCCCUCCCUCUUAGUCCCCCCAUCCACAACAUCCCACCUCUCAGCGCUGAUGGAAAUGAAAUCCGGUGUCGGGGGCUCAGAAUCCAGCCUUUUCCUGGGAGACCUAUUGCGAAUGUAUCAGCGGCUCGCAAAUGUGAACAGAUGGAAGGCACAAGUCGUCGCACAAAAUGAUAAUGAUGGCGGUGGAACGAAGGACGCUAUCAUAGAGAUCAAGGGAGACGGCGCAUAUGACGCUCUGCGAUUCGAAAGUGGUGUCCAUCGGGUGCAGCGAGUGCCAGCAACUGAAUCUAGCGGAAGAGUGCACACGAGCACGGUCUCCAUCGUUGUUUUACCGCUUGUAGAGGAAACAGACACCCAGGCCGAAGAGCUUUUUUCGAUGAGCGAUAUCAAGCUCGAGGUCAUGCGAGCUCGUGGGGCUGGAGGCCAGCAUGUCAACAAAACCGAAUCUGCCGUACGUCUUACGCACAUACCUACUGGAAUCACGGUCUCCAUGCAAGACGAACGGAGCCAACAUCAGAACAGGCGUCGUGCGUUCCAAGUCCUGCGUUCCCGCCUCCUCGACAAGAAGCUCACGCGAGAGAUGGAGGAACGUCGUGAUACCCGAAGAAAUCUUGUACGAGGCGCUGACCGUAGUGAAAAAAUCAGAACAUACAAUUUCGUUCAGGAGAGAGUGACCGAUCAUAGAAUAGGAUUAACGCUGAUGAACCUCAGCUCUGUCCUCGAAGGCGACGGAAUACAGGAUUUCAUAGACGCAGUCAAGAAGGAUCACGCUGACAGCAUCUUAGAAGACAUGUUAGAUGUCGAUUGA